AUGCAGUUGCCUAGUGAGCAGAGGAACACAGAAACUCAGUCUAGUGAUUUCGAAAAUGCAGUAGGGGAUACUCACGUGUCUGAGAAUGUAGGGGAUGUUCAUGGGAUGUUAGGGACUGUUGGGAGUAAUGUCAAGGGGCAGACUAGCAGUAUAGAUAUGAUGCUGUCUAGGCAAGAACAGGUGGAAACUGAUAAUAUUUCAGGAAAAAAAUUGAAUGGUGGUUCUGCGGAAAUUGAAAAUGUUGAGAUUAAUCUGAUUGGGUUGGAAAGGUCUACGCUUGAGAAUGAAGAGGAGGAAGCGGAUAAUGGGCUAGUAGAGAAGUUUCAGGAGAAUCAGAAUUUUGGGAAUUCGGUAAAUGAGGAGUUGGAGUCUUUGGAAAUUAAUGGUAAGGAUGUUUGUGGGUCUGAGCCAGAGAAAGAUUAUAGUGCCCAGCAUGUGACUAUCUCUAUGUGUAUGGAUAAUCGGAAUUUUGUUGUUUCUGUGGUGUAUGCCAAGUGUAAUCAUGUAGAAAGAAGAGAACUCUGGAGAGUGCUACAAUUAGACGCGGUCCAAGAUGCACCUUGGUUAUGCCUAGGUGAUUUUAAUACUAUUCGAGGGGAGGAGGAACACUGUGGUGGUAGACCAAGACUGAGAGCUGCCAUUGAUGAGUUUAAUGAGUUUAUUGAUAAUUAUGGUUUCAUUGAAAUGAAAACUGUUGGAAAUGUUUUUCCUAAUGCUUGUUGUAAAUAUAUGGCUCGCUCAACUUCCGAUCAUACACCUUUGUCUUUUGUUUUUAAGAAUUUGGGUACUCGUUAUGGGCCUUCCUCCUUUAAAUUUCAGCAAAUGUUGGUGUCUUAUAGCAAUUUUUUGAAUGUGGUUAAGGAAAAUUGGUCCGUAUCGGUUGAUACUAUGGGGCUUAUCGGUCUUGCUAUAAAGUUGAAGAAGUUGAAAAUAGUUUUGAAGGAUUGGAAUCGACAUAUCUUUGGGCAUACUGAUACGAAUAUCCAAGCUUUGGAAAAUAAAAUUGAACAGCUAGAAACUCAACUUCAGGUGGGUUUUUCAGAAGAUGUAGAGCGGGAUCUACUGGGGGCCAAGGAAGAUCUUGAGAUGUGGAUGCAAAGAGAAGAAACUAGACUCUUACAACAUGUGAAGCUUAGGUGGAUGGAAAAAGGUGAGGCUUCAGCUCAGUUUUUUAAAACUUUUGCUUCUUUAAAAAAGCUCAUAGUGCAGGAAAUGAGGUGUCCUAAUGGGACGUGUUUGGAUUCCCCGGAAGCUAUUCAUUCAGGGGCUAUGGAUUAUUUCAAUUUGUUUCUACAGGCUCGGGCUCGUAGAGAGCUUCCUGAUUUAUCAUAUUUGGUACAAAAUUCCAUUCUUGAGGAGGAAAAUGAUAACCUCCUUAAGCUUCCUUCGAUCCAAGAGGUUAAAGAGGCUAUGUUUUCCAUUCCGGUUGACAGUAAUCCGGGCCCAGAUGGCUUUGGUUCUGGUUUCUAUAGAGCAUGUUGGGAUAUUGUUGAAGAUGAUGUAGUGGCAGCGGUUCGGGAUUUCUUCAUUGGCAAUUCAAUGCUGAGAUUCUAUUCAGCGUCUUAUAUUGCUCUCAUUCUAAAAAUGCAGAAGCCUACUGGUUUUGAUAAGUUCCGCCCUAUCAGUUUAUGUUCAGUGUUCUUGGUAGUUAUGAAUGGUUCGGUUAAAGGUUUUUUCUCUAGUGGGCAUGGAUUGCGUCAAGGUGAUCCUCUUUUGCCUUAUUUGUUUAUUCUCGUUGAGGAGGUACUUUCCAGACUUUUAAAGCACAAGUUUAGUAAUGAGAAUAUUGUCCCGUUCUCGCAUCCCCGAGGUACGCCUCUUGUUUCUCAUCUUUUAUAUGCUGAUGAUAUUGUGUUAUUUGUAAAUGGUGGAAGAUCUUCUCUUCAAGAAGUCAAGGAUAUUUUUGCGACAUACGAAGAAUGGUCUGGUCAAAUGGUGAGCAAGGAAAAAUCUUGUAUCUUUUUCUCUAAACAUGUGACUGUUGGUCGGAAAAGGAGUUCUUUAAUGCUGACAUCUUUCUCUGAAGGGUUUUUCCUGGUAAAGUAUUUGGGUGUUUCUCUAAUGGUAGGUCGGAUGAAACUCUCGUAUUUUGAUUAUUUCUUGUGCUGCAUUAGACAGAAAUUGGAAGGAUGGCAGAAUCGGUUUUUAUCCUCAAGAACCCGCCUUCUUUUAUUAAGACAUGUUCUUGCUAGUAUGCCAAUUCAUUUAUUAUCUGUUUUGCAUGCUCCUAAGGCUGUCAUGACAGCCUUAAAUCGUAUUAUGAGUAAUUUCUUCUGGGGUUCCUGGAAUGGAAAGCAAAAGCGUAAGUGGGUGGCUUGGGAAAAGAUUUGUUCUCCGAUUCGAGAAGGGGGUUUGGGUCUUCGAAAAUUAAAGGAAGUUCAAGACUCUUUGUUUAUGAAGCUUGCUUGGAAUUUGUUGACAGAUCAGGAUCAUGUCCUCGCAACUGGGAAGAUUGCUGGCGCUAUAUGGAGGUGUGCCUCUCUACAGUUGGGGAUUCCAUAUGACCCUCAGAGAUCAUGGAGAGCAACUGUGGAAGUAUGGUUUCGGCGUGCGGCUCAUUCGACUCAAAAAGGGGGUACUAUUCGAGAUGAGAAGGGGAAUCUUACUUGGGCUUUCGCAAAAGAUCUGGGUCAUGGCUCUAAUAAUGAAGCUGAGCUUAUUGCUCUUUUUUAUGGUCUCCAAUACUGUAAGGACCUACUCAUUCGAAGAGUGGAGAUUGAACUAGAUUUGUUGCUGGUGGUUCAUUGGUUAGAAAAAGGGAGGUGUGGUAUAUGGUAUCUUGAAGAUUACUGGGAAAAGAUUCAAUCGAUUCUUGCUACUUUGGAGUUUAAGGUUUUUGUUUUGGUUUUUGAUUUAGGUUCACGUUCAUGCAAUGUUUAA